UAUUUUUACACUUCUCUCGUGAACAAAGAGUUGCAGAUGCAGAUUCUGGUAAGGAUGCAGUGAAGGAGAAAGCCCUGAAUUUCUGAUAUAUGUGCAACAUCGGGCACCUAACAUCCACUGCUGAAGCACAGCAGCUCCAGCUCCAUGCAGUGCUCACAGCUGGUGCAGCCCUUGGCUCUAGGGGCUGAAUAGUGCUAGGACGCAUGAAGUUCCAUAUCUUUUACACUGAUAAUGGUCCAAUCCCUGGAAUGGAUCCCCACCCUUGGAGGUACCCAAGGCCAGGUUGGCUGGGGCUCUGAGCAGCCUGAUGUGGUGGUGAGUAACCAGCCCAUGGCACGAGCUGGAAGCUGAUGAUCUUUAAGGUCCCUUCCAACCUAAGCCAUUCUAUGAUUCUAGAAUGUGAAUGUGUAUUGCAGAGGCAAUGUUUUAAAGUUAUAAAUGUUUUCUCCCCUUCCUUGUUUGUCGAAGUUAUCUUGAUAGCCUUAUCAAUGCUUUUGGAGUCUCCAGUCAUUUUUCUUACAACAAAAAGAGGAGGAAGAAUGAAGGGAAUCAUUUGAUUUCUUGAUUGAAUAGUAGGAUUCAGAAAGCAGUAUGUAAUAUUGUCUUUUUGUAUUGAGCUGUAAGGUUUCUCAUCAUUUAUCAGCAUGGUACAUAUCAGCACUUUUCCAUCUGAUGUGAAGAAAAUCCUUAUCGUCUACAGUCUCUGUACCUAAACAUCACUCAGACUCUUUACCAAAAAAGCUAUAGGUUUCAAAACUACAUCUGCUGAUAAUUUGCCUUGUUUUAGCUCUACUUCCAUAUGCUGCAUUUGUAAGAGGUGCGUGGAUGGGCCUAAACUCUCUGUUGCUGAGCUUGAUGGGUGUUUAAGAAUGAUGUACUGAUUGCUGAAAUUGUUUUCAUUUCAGAGGAAUGUUUUAGUGGCAUUGUUUUUAUAACUAUAUAUUCCUCGGAUAAAUGAAAUCCAGAAAUAAUUAUGCAAACUCAUUGCAUCCGUUGCACAGGUCUCUAACUGCUAGCAAAGGAAAUAGUUUGGGGAUGGCAAAAACAUUCCCUCAGACAUCUAUAUUUAAAGGAAUAUAAUCCUGGUACCCACCCACUUCAUCCCUCAUUAUGUUCACACUCAGAGAUAUUCAUUCUCUUGUUGUUAUCAUUUGAUACCGUUUUCUUUGGUUCUUUGCCACACUCUGGGCUCUGGCUGCAUGCUCUGCACUGAUUGGAAAGUAGAUGUGAGUGAAGCAGCAGUGAGAGGGGCUGCCCCAGCUGGCACCCAGCUGCUCAGCCUAGGAGGGGACUCUGCAUUUCCACCAGCUGAGGUGCAGCCCUACAAGCUCACAUGUGCUGUGAGUCAGUGAACAAAGGGAUUCCUCACGGUUUAUUUCUUGCUGCCUAGUUUUCAUUCAUAGAAGCAAAACUUUACUUUCAUUCAGUCCCCUUGAAGAAUGAGGAAUUUUUGGAAAUGGGUGGCUUUAAACUCUUUUUCUUUCUUCCCUUUAAGGCUCAGUCGGGGGCCAUUGCUGAGGAUGGCAUCGAGGACCCUGGACCAGAUCUGUGGCACAGAUGGUUUCACUUCAUCAAUGGAUGUGGGAUCUGCGCCUGCAACGUGUCAUUCUGAUGGAAGGAAUGUGCCUUCCAAGUCCCAGCCCCUCAGCCCCCAGCCCCUCCCUGUGCUGCUCCAAUUCAUCAGCCUUUCCUCCUCCUCCCCUUGCUGUUGGUGCUCGGGUGGAAAUCAUGAAGAUUUAGAAGAGAAAACAAAUCAGCUGGAGUGGAAGCCCAGAUGACGCAGCUCAUUCAGCUGUAAUGGGUUUGUCGUUGCUAUAGGUGUGUAUCAGAGAUGCUAACACCACUUCACUGUCGGUGAUUAACACGGGUGAACUCUCCUUCACUCGCAUCAUUUGCAGGCCUUAUUUACAUUCCCAGCAUCCAUCACCCUCUGAGAAAACGGGCACACUGGAUCUCUAAUGGAAGACUUUCCCUCUUUUAGAGCAUGUGGGACGUGCAGUGACAAGAAAUGCGGAGGGGCUGAGCAGCAGCACUGCCCCCAGGGAGCAGGAGCGGAUGCCAUUGGUGGCAGCAUCCCAAAUGAUGUCAGCGGAUGCUGAGCAGGCAGCGGACGGAUGGACAGAAGCGAUGCGUGCACCUUCUGUUGACAUUUUAUUUGGCAGCGAUUUAACGCUAGCUUCCUAGUACUGCUAUUCUCCACAGGCUGCAUUCAAAUGUAUGAAGGGAAGGGAGGCAAAAAGAUGCAAAAUCCGAGACGUGCGGCAGAAAUAUUUCUUCUCUAUGGAAGCGUGCACAAACAACCGUCCCCAGCAGCAUCAGAAGAGCACAGCAUAACCUUUUCCGAGACCAGAAAAGGAAAUUCACAAAGCCUCUGUGGAUACCAGCACGUUCAGCUCUCCUGAUAGCAGAUUUUUUGUCAGGUUGCAAAUGGUGUAUGGUGCCAGGAGGUGCAGGGACCAUAUGAUCAUAUACAGCACAGCAGUCAUCGCGCAUGUAUUAAUAUAUUAAGCAGCCUCGGGGGACCAUCUCAGGAGCAGAGCACCGGCAGCCGCCUGCAGACCCGGGCAGUACCUCACUAUGGCCAUGGCAGGCAUCUUCGUGCUGUUCUCUUUUGCGCUUUGUGGCUUCCUCCCAGAUGCUGCCUUUGGUGUUGAGGUGGACUGCAGUAGGUUUCCCAACACUACAAAUGAGGAAGGCAAAGACGUAUUGGUCUGCACUGAGGACCUCCGCCCCAUCUGUGGAACUGAUGGAGUCACUUACAGCAACGAGUGCUUGCUGUGUGCCUACAACAUAGAAUAUGGAACCAAUAUCAGCAAAGAGCACGAUGGAGAAUGCAGGGAAGCUGUUCCUAUGGACUGCAGCAGGUAUCCCAACACGACAAAUGAGGAAGGCAAAGUGAUGAUCCUCUGCAACAAGGCCUUCAACCCUGUCUGUGGUACUGAUGGAGUCACCUACGACAAUGAGUGUGUGCUGUGUGCCCACAACGUAGAGCAGGGGACCAGCGUUGGCAAGAAGCAUGAUGGUGGAUGUAGAAAGGAACUUGCUGCAGUGAGUGUUGACUGCAGCGAGUACCCUAAGCCUGCCUGUACGAUGGAAUACAGACCUCUCUGUGGCUCCGACAACAAAACAUAUGGCAACAAGUGCAACUUCUGCAAUGCAGUCGUGGAAAGCAACGGGACUCUCACUUUAAGCCAUUUUGGAAAAUGCUGAAUAUCAAUGCUGGGAGAAUUCACCACAGGAUCCCCACUGGCAAAUCCCAGCGAGAGGUCUCACCUCGGUUCAUCUCGCACUCUGGGGAGCUCAGCUCACUCCUGAUUUUCUUUCUCAAUAAACUAAAU